UUUCUCUUCCAGAAGGCCAAAACGGGAUUUAUUAACGCGUUAAAUUGUUAACGCUGUUUCAUUUUCUACUUAUUUGGUAAAUUUUUAUAAAAAUACCCCGAAAAAUCAUCUUCCUUCAUCCGAUGUCUAUGAUUUAUAAAUAUUAAUGUAUCAGGAAAUGCUCUCAGUAAACCUUUGCAGGGAGGUGAAAAUCAGAGACAAUGACUCAGUUUCAAUUAACGCUUCAUUUCUUAGUUUGGAUUAAUACUUUUGAUGUUGCUUACUUGCAGGCAGUGAACGUUAGUUAUCAAUCUCUGUCUUUGGAUGAAAUGGUGAGCGGAUUUCGGUACCAGCAGUUACAACUUUCUACAAGCAUGAUGAAUGCUAGUCUACACGCUAGACUCCCCGAGAAGAUGGCGGCAAUGGAAAUACAGGAGGCAGAAGAAAGAGAAGCAAAAGCUUUAAGAGGCACCAACGAAGCCCAGACUCCUUUUAUUGCCACGGAAUCCCGUUACAAUUUGGGAUACAUAGGCCGAGGAUACGAUUUGUUCAAAGGCAAUCCUCUCAGCGACGACGGGGUUGUGGAUCAAGGAUUUCGCCUCCCAGUAAUUAAUUUACCGUAUUCCAGCAAGUUCACCGCGGACGGAAAUUACCGAGUCCCAGACAAUGUCGAUGUCAUUGCUGAAUCCAGUGCCAAGUUUGGAUCCUCUUUGUAUAAGGUGCAGUCGGAGUCGGACUACAAAAGUAUGCUGAGUGUCGAUGCUUCGGUUAACGCUCAAGGUAGUGGAUGGGGAGUCAGUGCCAGUUUUAGUGCCAGUGCAUCUUAUCAAAAAAAUACGCAACAAAUUCAAAAAGGAGAGACAACCACCUUAAGCAUCGUAAGCCGAGCUGUCGUAUAUAGAGCCCGGAUGUCAGAGACAUCCAAAAUUUCUAAGGUAACUGAUUACUUUGAAAAAGCCGUAAUGCUUCUUCCAAUGGAGAACUGUGAAGAUGAUUCACUACAAGAGAUGUAUGUCAACUUUAUCCGGGAGUUUGGAACCCAUUACACCACCCAGGUGGUCAUGGGGGCUAAGGCAGUACAACAACUAACCUUCUCCAAUUCUGAUCUGUCAAAACUGGAAUCGGAAGGGAUAUCUGCCAAGGUUGCUGCUCAGGCCUCAUACGACGGUUUCGGAUUUUCGGGUGGCGGGGGCUUUAGUGUCGGUGUUGAUUCCAAAAGCGAUGCCAAACAACGUGUGAGUAAGACCAGCAAAGAACAGUAUGAGUACUAUAUCGGUGGCAACCCUCCUGCUGGUGAUUUCUCAGAAGGCAGUACUGAAAGUCUCAGAGAAUGGGCAAGAUCUGCCGACGAGAAACCAGUGCCAAUUCAGUAUAAGAUGACGUCUAUAGAUACGCUGUUAAAACCUGGUUACUUUAAUGACAUCACGUAUGGUUUAUUUGAGAGACGUCGGUGUUUACGUAAAGCGUUAUAUGCCUAUUGUAAGCAGACGGUGUCUCCCGCCCUUUGUAACCCACCUGACGAUUCCUACGUAGCACAGGGGUCACGACGUAAACGACAAGCCAGUGACGCCACUUAUACCAUCGAUAUUAUAAAGUUUGGUGAUUUCAUAACUCUUGAAAAUAUAAAGACAAGGAAAUUUUUAGCCUUGUCCAAUUCUACAGGCUAUCUGCACGGGGUUGUUACCAAGCCCCUGGUACCAGUUGAUAGCAUUACUAAUUAUGACGGACUUUUCCAAAUCAAAUCGAGUGAAGGUGAUGCCACUACACUGGGAACUCCGUUGGCGUAUGGCCAGAGUUUCAAGCUCGCCUCGGUGGAGGGAGAAGAUAUGUUCAUCGGCAGACAGUUCAUUGAAGAUGUUACUAAAGCUUCAGAGAGUAAACUUGAAACAGCAUUUGACGGAAAAGAUCGAAGAAAAUUUGUAGCAAGCAGAGAUCUCACAGACUUUUCUGUAUUCUUAAAGCCAGGGGAAGAGCGACCAUAUUUAAUAAGCUUGAAAUUAUAUUGUCGUAGUCGAUCAUCAUUACAGUAUCAAGUUAAUUUAGAGGGAGGAGAAGGAACGGCGAAGUUUGAUAUGAAAAGUAGUUGCAUCCCUCAUUCAUAUGGAAGAUGGUAUCAUAGUGCGUUUACCGACAAAGGGAUCGGAGUGAUACAGAAGAUUGCUUUCAUGAGAGCAGAGGGAUUGGAAGCUAUCACUGGAUUUCAGAUUCGAACCAGCGAUAAUCGCAGAAUAUUGAAAUAUAAGCGAGAAUAUAUGACCUGCAGUGGAAUCGAAAAAGAAAUAAUUUUAACACACCAGAAACUAUGCCAGCGGUUUCUUUCUUCAGAAAUUGACAUAUACCCCGCCCAGUUUUCAUUCCAUAGUAAGAGCCACCCAGCCGGAAGUGUCGUCAGACGCCAGGACAGUGUUUAUGUAGAGAUAGUUUCUGCUAUUAAUAGAAAGAAAUUUUGGGGUCAACCAGUGUCACAUCUUCUGUCCAACAGAAACCGAAUGGUCACCAUAGAAGAAAAAGAACCUGCACCACACAAGAUUAAAUCAGACUGCAAUGGUAUCAUCUUCCCUGACAAUGGCAGGCUAGGUGUGAGAAUCAACCUGAAUAACAGUUACUUUGUAUCUUUCGCUGUAGAUGUCAUGAUUACCAAUAUUAUAAUCAGGACGAAAAAAGAAUUUGAAGCAAAUAACUUCAGGGUAGAAUAUAUAAGUAGAAAUAGUUCAAGUUUCCAGCAACUACAGGACAUAAUUCGAGAUCCCAACAGAGAAAAAAUAAAGGCAAUUAACAUUAAAUUCCCAAAAAUGUACUUAUCUGCCAUUAAAGUAUUUGUGGAGAACGUUGCAGAUUUUGGAGAAAGUGUUGAAAACCUUCUGAUAAGAGGUUGUCCCAGUGCUCUUGUGGAGGAAAAGCCACAGGAUAACUCUGCCGAGGAAUGGGAGCUAAGACGCAGUGAGAACCAACUCCAGAGUUAUCCAUUCUUAAGAGUUGUAACAACUCGACAAAAUGGAUCGAAUUUCGAUAGAAUUUUUGAGGAAAUAGAAAAACCAUUCCUCAAAGAGAAUUAUAGAACAGAAAUCACUAUUGAUCCAAACGCAAGAAGAUGCAUAGUGGAUGAGGGAUAUAUCCAAAAUUAUCUGAUGACUUCUGACGAAGUUGAAGGGCUGAAGUUUCAGAAUACUCGAAUAAGGUCUUUGAUCAGCACCAUAACUAUCACAACUGACGUGAUGGCCAUGAAUAAAAUAAUGUACGAACAGAAUAUGCCAGCAUUAGAUAGCUUGCUUCACAUGGCCGUCCAACGGUUCCCCUGUCAUUCCCAACAAACACCCGUCUUUGCUAACCAGCAGUCUCAAAAGGAAGAAUCAAGCAUAUCAACUGCAGGCGUUGUAUCUAUCACUGUUCUGGCUAUGUUAGUUUUGAUUGCUUCUGUGGCUAUAUUUGCUAUCUUUGGAGUAAUACGACGUCGAAAAGCCAAAAAGGAUACAUCCUUAAAUGUGCGUCCACUCGACGACGAAAAUGUAUUUGAAAAAGAUAAUAAAACGAACGAGGCUCCAGAUCAGGUGUACACAAACAAAGCAUUUGAGGUCGAUAGUACAUACUUUGAACCCUCAAUUCCACCCAGACAGAGAAGAAUGACGUAGCUCAUCUACUUCGCUGCACAGUUCUAUCCCUUGAAUUCAAAAUCUAAAACUUCUAGUUUUUAAUUUAAAGUUCUCUCAAUUUUGUUUUGUUCAUGUUACAUUCAAAACCUAAAAUUUUAAGUAAUGUAAUACUAUAUACAAUAAAUUGUUAUGUGUUUCAGCAAUAUUUCAAAUAUCAUGCUCUAUUUUGGGA